AUGGUAAACCAAUGUUUGUUUUUAUUUUAUUGGCCAUUUUGUCUUCCUACUUCUCUAGGGAUAGUGAACAUAGGUGUGAAUAAUGUCCAGGAGUUGAUUGUUGCAGCAGACAUGCUACAGUUGACUGAAGUUGUUCAUCUUUGCUGUGAAUUUCUGAAAGGACAAAUUGAUCCACUGAACUGCAUUGGGAUCUUUCAGUUCUCUGAGCAAAUUGCCUGCCAUGAUCUCUUGGAAUUCUCAGAAAACUACAUUCACGUCCAUUUCUUAGAGGUUCAUAGUGGGGAAGAGUUCCUGGCACUUACAAAAGAUCAGCUGAUCAAAAUUUUGCGAAGUGAAGAGCUUAGCAUUGAGGAUGAAUACCAGGUCUUCUUAGCUGCAAUGCAAUGGAUUCUGAAAGAUUUGGGAAAAAGAAGAAAACAUGUGGUGGAAGUGCUAGACCCAAUUCGAUUCCCUUUAUUACCUCCUCAGAGGCUUUUAAAGUAUAUAGAAGGAGUAUCUGAUUUUAAUCUUCGUGUUGCAUUGCAAACACUUUUGAAAGAGUACUGUGAAGUAUGCAAAUCUCCCAAAGAGAAUAAGUUUUGUAGUUUUCUGCAGACAUCUAAGGUUCGACCUCGGAAGAAAGCAAGAAAGUACCUGUAUGCAGUAGGUGGAUAUACUCGGUUACAGGGGGGUCGUUGGAGUGACAGCAGAGCCCUCAGCUGUGUAGAACGUUUUGACACCUUUAGCCAAUACUGGACCACUGUGUCUUCACUUCAUCAGGCUCGAAGUGGGCUGGGAGUAACAGUUCUGGGAGGAAUGGUCUAUGCUAUUGGAGGUGAAAAGGAUUCGAUGAUUUUUGAUUGUACUGAAUGCUAUGAUCCAGUUACUAAACAGUGGACAACUGUAGCUUCAAUGAAUCAUCCUCGCUGUGGUUUAGGAGUGUGUGUGUGUUAUGGAGCUAUCUAUGCUUUGGGUGGAUGGGUUGGAGCUGAGAUAGGGAACACAAUUGAACGAUUUGAUCCUGAUGAAAAUAAAUGGGAAGUAGUGGGCAACAUGGCUGUGUCACGCUACUACUUUGGGUGCUGUGAAAUGCAAGGUUUAAUUUAUGUAAUUGGGGGCAUCAGCAAUGAAGGACUAGAACUUCGUUCUUUUGAAGUCUAUGAUCCACUUUCCAAGCGUUGGUCUCCACUUCCUCCAAUGGGAACCAGGAGAGCAUAUGUUGGCGUGGCUGCACUCAAUGACUGCAUCUAUUCUAUUGGAGGAUGGAAUGAGACCCAAGAUGCUCUUCAUACUGUAGAAAAAUAUUCCUUUGAAGAGGAAAAGUGGGUUGAAGUUGCCUCAAUGAAAGUGCCUAGAGCAGGCAUGUGUGUUGUGGCAGUCAAUGGUCUUCUGUAUGUCUCUGGAGGUCGAUCUUCCAGCCAUGAUUUUUUGGCCCCAGGUACCUUGGACUCAGUCGAAGUUUAUAACCCUCAUUCAGAUACAUGGACAGAAAUUGGUAACAUGAUCACCAGUCGUUGUGAAGGGGGUGUUGCUGUGCUGUGAAAUAUAAAGCAUAACAGAGCAUAAGGAAUAUUUUGAAAACGCAGGAUCUGACCUUUUGCAAAGCAAAUGUACAUUUGGUGAUAAGACCCUCUGAGUCUUUGAGUUUUCCAUGUAUUUGGUAGAUAAAUGACUAAUGAGGCUGAGCACAGUGGCCUCAUGUCCAAAAUCCCAGCACUUUGGAAGGCUGAGGCAGAAGGAUCACUUAAGCCCAGGAAUUUGAGGUUAUACGUAGUGAGCUAUGAUCAUGCUACCUGCUGUCCGCUCUGAGCAAUAGAAUGAAAUCCUGCCUCUUAAAGAAAAAAGAAAAAAAACUAAACUACAGAGUGAUUUUUCUAAAAAUGUAAGUGAGAACAGAUAUGGAAUAUAUCUCAAUUAAUAAAGAGCUCACACAGAAUUACCAAGCUUAAUAAAAGUAGAAAUGCCAUUUAUGCUGUAGAAUUCUCCAGUUAAGUGUAGACAAGUCCUAUUUUAUAAAUUUGUAAAAAUUAUUUACUAGAAGCUCCCUGGCAAAUAGCCCCUUUAGCUACUUCUUCAGUGCAAUAUAAGUUGUAACGUAACCUUUAUGUGAUGUAGAAAUAAUAUCAAUGACACAAUUUAAAGAUCUCUGUAUAUUCACAAUUCUAUCCAGAGCAUAAUUUUCCAUUGCCAUAGUUUGAGCUACAGAGAAAAGUCAAUGAAACAAAUUCCUACUUUUAUUUGAUGCCAGGAGUUUUCACUCACCCCAAACUUUUUUUUUUUUUUUUUUUUUUUUU